UCAUUUACUAGCCACUGAAUAUCCUCAUGGUUUAUCCUGAAAGGGAAGACCUUAAGCUCUGUGACUUCGGAUUUGCUCAGAAGAUCAUGCCCUUUGAGCCCCAGUUCAGCAAAUACGGAUCCCCAGAGUUUGUUGCCCCAGAAAUUGUUACUCAAUCUCCAGUGUCAAAAGCAACUGAUAUCUGGGCUGUUGGAGUCAUCACAUAUUUAAGCCUAACAUGUAAGUCUCCAUUUGCUGGAGAGAACGACAGAGCAACCCUUCUAAAUAUCCAAAAUGGGGAAAUUUCAUGGACCAUUCCUGAUUUUGUUCACUUGACUGAAGAUGCAAAGGACUUUAUGAAAAGGAUCCUACAGCAGCACCCCAAAGCCCGGCCUAGUGCCUUGGACUGUCUUUCACACAAGUGGUUCAUGCAUAAUCCCCCCCUGGAAGCAGCUCAUUUCAUUAAUACAAAGCAGCUCAAAUUCAUUGUGGCUCGGAGCAAGUGGCAGCGGUCUCUGAUGUGCUAUAAAUCCAUACUGGUAAUGCAGUCUAUCCCAGAAAUCCUAGAGAGGACUCAUGAUAACACCUCCCUGGCCAUCUCCCGACAUCUUAUUGAAGAAAGCACUUCAUCCAGUACCAGUGGCUCCUCUUCAGACAAUGAAAAUUCCAAUUUCCCCAAGAAGAGGCACUUUGGCUCUACACCCGAACUCCAUUUGUCCAUACUUGACACACCAAGCCACCAGGAGCCUCCAAAACAUGCAAGUGAAGAGAAGCACUCAGUCCCUCCAGUAAAACCUAUAAGGAGGAAGUAUGCUUCAGUGAAAGCUGAGGUGAGGGAAAAAUCACCUACAGAAAGCAAAGAGCUCAUGGCAAGUAUCUUAACGGAGAAAGAGGAGGGGCUUCACCCUGGACUUCAAGAUGAAAGAGCAGAGCAGUCCCAAAGAAGUGGUGGUACUGAGCCUUCAUCAGUGAGGACUUCCACAGAAAGCACUUUACCUCUAUGUCAGAAAGAAAAAACAGAUGUAUUUUUACCUGACAAGGACAGAGUUGAAAAAGCUGAGGAUGGGACAGAAAAGCCAUCCAUCUGUGUUCCUAGACAGAGUGUGAUUAAAAGCACUUUCUACAGCCAAGCAGCUGAGCUACCUGCAAGGGGGCCUUCCUCACCAGGCAGGGAGUUUAGGAGACACCUGGACAGAGCCAGAAGGACUUUCCGGAAGGCUGGAUAUUCAAAGGUGCCUCUCAGUGGUCUCCGUGAACCCCUUCUAGAGCAGUUUGAACUGGAAGAAGAAGAAGAAGGAAAGUCUGAUUAUGGAGGUGAUCACAGGGAAAAUCUGCUUGGUUCCUUGACCAAAUCAGCUUCAUUUGAUACUGCAAGGAAACCACCACAUCCUGCCAUUGCUGGUGCUAGCCGAAGCCGUUCCCUGGAUGACUACAGGCUGAGAGCCUCAAGAUCACUGAGGGAAGAAGAUAUUUUGGAAGAAGACUGUGAUGUACUGCCACAGGAAAGUUGCCCUGAAGGCAGUGGCCACUGUGACAUUUCUGUGGUGCCUGGUAAGGGAUGUUCUGUAGACGCUUCAAAGCAAGAGGACUUAAGGAGAGUGAGCAAGGAUUGUUCAGAAGAGAAGCCCCCUCCUUCCACACAAUGUGAGGGUAAUGGGUGUCCAACAGUUUUUGUGCAACAGCUAGAGAGACUUCCAGUGUCACCUCAUAGGAGCGAGAAUAAGAAACCUUUACUGAAGAAGUCAAAAGCUACUUAUAUUGAGGAGGAAAUUGAUGAUUUGGAAGGCAAAAGUCCCAUUCUAACUGCCCAGUUCUCAGAUGUAGCUGCAUCAUCAGCUCAAAACCAUGAAAGCAUGAAGAGUGAACAUCAGGUGUCUGAGCAGCACCAGGCCUUCUGUCCCAGUGGCAAGGUUUCUGAUGACCUGGAAGGUGGACCUCCAGGUGACUUAACUGCUUCUCAAACACAAGUUCCUCCAGCUUCAGUCUAUGAGCUAGAACAUAAGGAAUACCCAAAGAAUCAUGGGGAGGGUAGAGAUGUUGCCUUAGAAGGGGGAAGCUGUGAUGCUGGAAAGACUGUCCCACCAUUGCUCCACAGGGAUCGAAGACAGGAGAUCUCACAUCACAGGUCUUCUUUUUACAGUGAUGAGGAAUCUGCUGCGUUGGAGGGCUUAGUGGAUGAGAUGGUCUCCCUCUCUGAAGAGAUGAAUGUUUGGGCAGAUUCAGUUUCUGGUGAGGAGGAAAACAGAAAGAACAUCUCUCCUCACACAGAAAUGAUCUACCAAGGUAGCCAAGCACCCACAGAAACUUCCUUCCCUUCUGUACAAGGAAGUAAAAGUGGAGAAGUCUCUGAGCUGAACCUUGCAGAACCCUAUCCUGUCAUGAGUACAGAGUCAAUGGUUCUGGAAGGGCAGGGAACACAGAUGGUUCCUCAUGAAUGUGAGCAUCUGGAGGACUUGGCAUUUGAGAGCGCCACUUCUAGCCAAGCGAGUGUUUCCUCAACAGAUAGCUUGGACACUGGAAAAAGACGCAGCCAAGUGUCAGUGAGCCAGGACACUGUUAAACAUCCAGAAGUUUCUUUAGUGAAAAUCAAAGACCUGUCAGACGAAACACCCAGCCUUGGCAGUGGAACUCCAAAAUUUGACAUAUCAGAAGUAGAGCCUGCCUAUUUGAAUUUCUCUGACUUGUAUGACAUUGUCUAUUUUCCAUUUGAAUUUAUGAACUAUAGGAAGGCUCCACCUAAACCAACUGGUAGACGGUUUAUUCCUUUUGGGGAAAGGGCAAGAUCCCCUCCUGCAGGACAUUUGCAUAAGGAUAAAAGGCUGUGCAUCAGAGAACAGGCAGAGGACAAGAAAAGGAAGAACCAUUUGGAAAUAUCUGAGGAUUCAAAGGCAACUAACUUAUUAGCCACUGGGAAAGGGUCAGAGAGUCAUAAGGAAAUGUAUGGCCCCCAAAAGGACUCAAGUGGUAAGCAGAAAAGCUCUGUCUACAGCAAGCCAGGACUCUUUAAGCCAUAUGCAAGGUCUCAGUCAGUGGAGCAGCCAGUGGAGCAGAGUCUGAAGAAAAAAGUAAAAGCUUCUGUUGCCCAUAUUUCAAGAAUCCUAAAAGGAAAGAUAUCUCCCGAGCCAGAGGCAGGGGAAGAGUUUGGUGAGCUGGAAAGUGAGGCAGUAGAGAAAGAGCUGUUAACAGGGGCUGAAGGAUCUCUAAAGAGGAAAUCAGCACUCUCUUCAUUCAAGUUACCAAGCCUCAUGCCAAGGGAGAAAGCACCACUGUUUAUUGAGGAUCUCAUGGAUCAGGCUGCUGCCGUCGGACAGUGUGUGACGCUGUCGUGCCGGACUGCAUCUCACUCCUCCCUGCACAUCAACUGGUUCAGAGAUGGGUUACCUGUCCAAAGCAGCAGCCGGAUCCUCAUCUCGGCCACCCUCAAAAACUUCCAGCUCUUAACUAUUCUCUCUGUUAGUGCUGAUGAUUUUGGUGUUUACACCUGUGUGGCCACAAACUCCCUGGGCUCAACAUCCACCUCUUGCAUCAUAAGAAAAGCAGAGGUUCCUCCCAGCCCUUCACCUCCUGACAUUGUGGAGAUCUACAAGGAUGGAGUGCAGAUGGUCUGGAGACCUGUGGAAACCAACACCCUUGUCCACUACAGUGUCCAGUGCAAGAGCGAAGAUGGGGAAUGGACAACCCUUGCUUCUGACAUUGCUGACUGCUGCUACAGAGCCAAAAGUCUCUCCAAGGGGUUUAUCUACUGCUUCAGGAUAGCCUGCACCAGUAAAGCUGGAAUGAGCCCUUACAGUGACCCAUCUGCCAAAGUAAAAAUCACUGGGAAGGAUCAAAUGGAGCUCCAUGCUGCAAUGCAGAGCUUUCCAUCAGCUGCUACUGAAGAAGAGAGUGAAAUAAUCACACCAUCUGAGCCUUUCCCAACCUACCAGACCUAUGCCUUCCAAACAGAGAUCAAAAGGGGGCGUUUCAGCAUCGUCCGACAAUGCAGGGAAAAAGAAAGUGGCAAGACCUUAGCUGCCAAAAUCAUCCCUUACUGGCAAGAGGACAAGCAGAAUGUGCUCCUGGAGUACCAAGUCCUGAGGAAGCUUCAUCACACAAACAUUGCUCAGCUGAAAGGAGCCUACAUCAGCCCACGGCACCUAGUGUUGAUACAGGAGAUGUGUGUGGGACCAGAGCUACUCCACUCUUUGGCAUUACGGUAAUAACGAGUGGAUGGAAGAGAUUUCCAGUUAGGGCUGGCUUAGGGAGCAAAACACCUAUUGCUUUCGCCUGACAAACUGGAUCAUCUCU